UUUGGCUGUUUUCUCCUGGAUUAGAUGCAGAUCAUGGAGCAGUCAGAGAGUGACCUUGAGAAGGGCUUUGCCAGUGGAAACACGGGAAGCUCCAGCAGCCCUGCAUCCACUGAACCGCAAACACAAAUGGAUGUCUACAAAGCCUGUAUAUAUAGACAUCCCCUCUUCCCUCUCUUGGCUCUGCUGUUUGAGAAGUGUGAGCAGUCUACUCAGGGCUCUGACUGCGUAACCUCUGCCAGUUUUGAUGUUGACAUUGAAAACUUUGUACGCAGUCAGGAGAAAGAUGGCAAAGCCUUCUUUAGCGAAGACCCAGACCUUGACAACUUGAUGGUCAAGGCCAUCCAGGUGCUGAGGAUUCAUCUAUUAGAGCUAGAGAAAGUCAGUGACCUGUGCAAGGACUUCUGCAGCCGUUACAUUUCCUGCCUCAAGACUAAGAUGAACAGUGAGACACUACUGAGUGGAGAGCCAGGCAGCCCAUACUCUCCACCCACUGAGGAAGAGAAAAAGCAACUUGCAAUUCAAACAAACCUGACUUUACUCCAAGUCAACAACUGGUUUAUUAAUGCUCGAAGACGGAUCUUGCAGCCAAUGCUAGAUGCCAGCUCCACAGAGAUGUCUAAAACCAAGAAGAAGACUCUUGCUCAGAGCCGCCCGCUACACCGCUUCUGGUCUGACUCCAUCGCCUCAUCUGGAACCCAGCAGCAACUCACAAUGCCAGACGGUAGUAUGGUUACAGUGGGGAUGAACGUCGAUGGCUUCCAGGCGCUUUCAUCAGAUGGAGCAACUCUCGCCAUGCAGCAAGUCAUGAUGGGAAAUCACAGCGAGGAUGAAUCAGAGGAAAGCGGCAAUGAAGACGACGCAGAUUUGUCAUCUGCUGACAUGACCGGGCUGGGUUUAGAUGUUAGCGACUAAGACACGGAUCGCAGGUCACACACUGCAUGCUUACAUUUACAUUGGAAAACUUGCACAUGACACUUGUGGCAAGAGAUCCAGUCCCCUCGUAGACUUUCAGCAAAGCUGAUACUUGUGCACUACAAAAAAAAUUAAGAGUACUGUAUGUUGGCUUAUGUAACACACAAACAGUUUACAGAGAGCACAACGUUACUGAAAGAUGCAGUGCGAGGAGUUGCAUUUCAGCACCUGCUUUUAUUGCAUAGACGUGCAGGUGUGUGCACUUUUAUAUAGAGACACUUCAAGAAGGUUGCAACAAUAGAACGCAGAGGAACGUUUUUAAGCUUCUGUAGUGAAUGUUUGUAAUGAUUGUUUUCUAUAUGAACUCAUUUGAAUGCCAAGAUUUUAAGAGUUUGUCGUCGUGCUGGUUUUAUUCACACUGCAUGUUCAUGUUCUCUUCAGUAUGCUCACGCUUGUAGAGAGGCUCCAAGACAGUUUGAGAAAAGAGAUUAUUAUUUUUAUAUGAACGUUGUAAAAA